AUGCCUUCCGUGUCGUGCCUUCCGUCAUUUAUUGUCCCAUCGCCAAUAUCGCAUGGCUGCGUUUUCUCCGUUGACUUUGAGCAAGGGCUGCUCGGCGGCGCAUCACUACAGUUCAAUGAGAACGCGAGAAAGGUGGAGAGGCUGUGUACCUUCUGUUUUAACUUGCCCCCGUAUUUUCCCGUCUCUCCUCUUUGGCAGUUUGUGGAUUGCUGUCAGAAGUGCGCCAAGAAGGUGGGCUGCAGGUUCUGGCAUUUGAAACCUUCAAUGAAUGGCGAGAUUGGCCAAUGCACGUUGCUGGGCUCAUUGGCAGGCAUUACCGGCUACCAGCCCAUCGCGAAUCUCCCCGGCACGGCGACAUCAUUGGACGAAGAGUCGCUCGCUGCAGCGGUGGAAGCGGCGGCCAAUGAGAAGAAGCCACGUCAUAUCAGGCAGCUGGAACAAGAACGGCUGAGCGUGGAGGAACUGAGCGAGCUGGAGAGAAUGCGGGCCAAUGGGAGCCUGCCGUGGACUGAUGAGGUGGUGGCGGCGCUUGACAGGGAGACGGGUCGUCGCAGCGGCGAAGAUGGCGCCAGGGGUGGGGGGAAGAGAAGGAGCAAUAUUCGAUUCAUGAUGUGGCGCGAUGAUACUGGCGCGCAUCACUCAGCGUUCAUUAAGGCGCGCGACGGCAAGGAGCAAGGGAGGGGCAGCAGCGGGUUCAUCGACCGACUGGAGCUCGACGGCUCGCCGGUGGCCCCGCCUCUGUCCGAAGGAUCUUUCGUUGCUGGCAGCGGCGGGUUCAAGCUGCUUCUGGCGGAGACGCGGAGCUGCAAGGGGAAGGACGAGGAUGAGUUUCAUCUCACGAUCGACGGCCUGGUGGACAUGGGCAUCUUAGCGCGUUUGGCGCAUCCACUCAUGCAGACGGCUACGGAGGCCCAGGCGCAUUUCAAUGUGCACAUCGCCCGACUCAAUGUGAGCAACAUUCUGAUUGUUUGCUAUGUGUUGGCUGUGCUUUGCCUGGGCGGUGCUGCCAUGAUAGCUGUCCUGGUACAGUACCGUUUUUGUCAUUUUGUCCCAUGCAACGUCUUCCCUUCACCCUCUCCCCCCUCUCCCCCUUCCUGUCGUUCCCUCUCUCUCCCCCGUGUGCAGCACACAAGCGGCAUUCACGGCGUGCUGGGUCAGACCUUCACCCAUCUCCCCCCUUCCUGUCGUUCCCUCCUUCCCUCUUCAUUUCUACAGCACACGAGCGGCAUUCACGGCGUGCUGGGUCAGACCUUCCGAGCCGAGGAAUCCCGCAAGGUGCGCUCGCUGCGGUACCGCCUGCUGACCCGCCUGCUGCGCGAGCCGGUGGAGGUGGAGAGUGAGAGUGGCAGGGGAUUCCUGGAUGGGCGCACGGAGGACUACAUCACCUCAGGAUAUUCACUCCGCGGAUUGCAUGUAUGCCGCUGCGUGGCGUAG